AUGAAGACUUCCUACAUCUCAAAUCGAUUUCUCAUCUUCAUCAUCUUCACUGCAUGCCUAUGCAUAUACUUUGCGAUACAAAUGAUAAAAACUAAUGAAAAUAAAGAUAUCCCAAUCAGUGAGUACUCCUCCAUAUUGGGUCCUAAACUUGAUAAGCUUCCUAAUCAAGAUGAUGUUAUACAGUUAUUUCAACUAUGGAAGAAAGACCAUGGACGAGUAUACAGUGACAUAAAAGAGAUGGCAAUGAAAUUUGACACUUUUGUUUCAAAUUUGAAGUAUAUCGUAGAGACUAAUGCAAAGAGAUACUCACCUAAUAGUGCUUUUCUUGGUCUCACCAACUUUGCUGAUUUGAGCAACAAGGAGUACAAAGAAAGAUACAUGACCUUAAAAACUGGCGCCAUGGAUAUUUGGAACGAUGAUGAUAUUCAGGAUGUAACAUGUACCGAUCCACCGGCAACCUUGGACUGGAGGUCGAAUGGAGCUGUCACUUCUGUUAAAGAUCAACGCGGUUGUGGUGGUUGUUGGGCAUUCUCAACUGUUGCCUCUAUUGAAGGAAUAGUUGCAAUAAAGACAGGGACGCUUAUUAGCCUUUCAGAGCAAGAACUUCUAGAUUGUGUACCAGAUGGAGGUUGUGUUGAAGGAGGAUAUGUGCCCGAUGGAUUUAAAUGGGUAGAAGGAAACCAAGGGGUUGCAUCACGAGCUGAUUAUCCUUAUACUGCUAGCAAGGGUGAUUGCAGAAACACCACGAUUCAAAACAGUGAAAAUAGUAAUAUUGAUUCAGAUCAGGCCGUGACAAGAUCAGACGGGGCACUAUUGUGUGCAGUUGCUAACCAGCCUAUUAGUAUUUCUGUUUAUGCAGACUCGCCCACCUUUAAAAAUUACAAGGGUGGAAUAUUUAGAGGUGAAGAUUGUCCGGCGGAUCCUAAGAAUGUGACUCACGGCAUGGUAAUAGUGGGUUAUAAUUCCUUAGAUGGUGAAGAUUAUUGGAUCGUGAAGAACUCACAUGGGACAACAUGGGGAAUAGAGGGUUAUAUGUGGAUCAAAAGAGACUAUACUAAACAGUAUGGAGUGUGUGGAAUCAAUGGACAUGCUUUUUUUCCUGUAAAAAAGUAA